AUGCCCACCCAUGCGUCCGUUACCAUCCGUCCCUCCACCACCCCGCACCCCAUCUCACCAUCACUGCGCAGGUUCCUGGAGUAUCUAUCGCCCCCAGUAGGGCUCCCCAUGACCAUAGCGGUGCACGACAAGCACCAGUGCUGGGACCCCAGCCCCACCGCACGCCUGCUCUGCCCCCGCCCCACCGGCUACCCCAACCUCAAACUCCUGUCAGUGCUGCCUGCUAUGCCGUCACUUGCUACCGCCGCUGCUGCUGUGCUGGCUUCAUGCGUUGUUCUCGAAUCUCACCCUCACCCCAGUGUCCAGGUAUCCUCUGUUCCCGGACGCGUGUCGGUUUGGGCGGGAGAAGAAGGCAGCGGGCAUAGGGUGCCACCAUCCGAAGCUCUUUCUGCUCUUCCGCGCGCACUCGCUGCGAGUGGUCGUCAGCUCCGCCAACCUUAA